AUGGAAGCGAACAAAGAUUCUGCAUUGCAUUAUAUUGAACUCGCUGAAAAAGCCAUACUUGCCAAUGAUAAUGAACGCGCUCUUCGAUAUCUGAAUAAAUCGGAAAGUCUCUUUCCUACACAAAAAGCUAAAGAUCUCAUAGAACGACUGAUGUAUGCGAAUUCUCAUUCGACAUCAUCGUCAUCAUCAAGUAAAACUAACCAUAAAGCCCAUGAACCCGAAUCACCAUCGGCGUCGUCGACAAAUCACGAUCAGUCAACCAGUAAUGGAAGCUCGUCAACGACUAGACAAAGAACAUCCACCACAACGAAUAGUCAUUCAACUUCUUCCAAUGAUUAUACUUCAGAAGAAGCGGAAGCUGUACGAAAAGUCAAAACUUGCAAAGAUUUGUAUGAAAUUCUCGGUGUGAAUAAAUCAGCAUCUGAAGCUGAUUUGAAGAAAGCAUAUCGUAAAUUAGCGCUUCAAUUUCAUCCAGACAAAUGUAAAGCUCCGGGUGCAACAGAUGCUUUCAAAGCGAUUGGCAAAGCAUUUUCAAUUCUGAGCGAUCCAAAGAAACGAGAACAAUACGAUCAGUAUGGUCAUGCUAUGGAGCCACAGUAUAAUCAUCGUAGCAAUGGUGGUGGACGUGGUUCUCAUCAAUAUUAUUAUUACGAAGAUGAUGAAGACUUUUCAGCCGAAGAAAUCUUUAAUAUUUUCUUUGGAUAUUCAGGACCACCAAAUCGUACGUAUCGACGUCGUCAACAAACCAAUCCGUUUCAUUUUACUACUCAUUCACAACAUAAUCAAACGCAGAAUACAACCCAUACGCUUGCCCAACUACUGCCUUACUUGUUUCUAUUCCUUAUUUCAAUUAUCGGCACAUUUUUAGUGAGUGAACCUCAAUUUCAAUUGCAUCGUACUGGAAAAUAUACUAAUCAACGUUACACACGUCUAUCACAUGUGGAAUACUAUGUUAAACCUGACUUUCGCCCACCGAAAACCAAUGCUGAGUUGGAUAAAUUCGAGACAUCUGUUGUUGAAGAAUACACAUCUGAUCUCCGACAUCAGUGCUAUCGCGAACAACAAUAUAAAGAGUCUAUGAUGUGGCGUGCUCGAAUGAUGAAUGAUAAUGAACUCUAUCGUCAAGCACAGAAGCAGGGGACGCCGUCCUGUGUGAAAUUAAAUGACUUUGUACAGCGUGGUCGUGCUUAA